CCGGCCGGGCCUUUGUGUCCUGCGGGUCCUCGGAGCUGCAGUUUGUCUUCAGCGCUCGUUCUUCUUUGCUUCGGGAAACUCAGGUAACCCUAAGCCUUUGUCUGCCUAUGACCUGCGGGUUUUGAAACAUCUGCAGGGAGGAUCCCUGGGCACCACGGAAGCCGCAAAAUGAUAAUCUUAACUAAGAAGAAAUUUCAGAGAAGGAAGAAGAGAGAAGUGGCUGGUUCUCAGGUGAAUGUGUCCCAGGGACUGUUGACAUUCAGGGAUGUGGCCGUAGAAUUCUCUCUGGAGGAGUGGGCAUGUCUUGACAAUGCUCAGCGGAAUUUGUAUAGGGAUGUGAUGUUAGAGAACUACAGAAAUUUGGUCUUCCUGGGUCUUACUGCCUCUAAGCCAGACCUGAUCACCUGCCUGGAGCAAAGGCAAGAGCCCUGGAAUGUGAAGACAAAUGAGACAGUAGCCAGACACCCAGAAUUCCCACAAAGGCAAUUUGCUGUGUCUUAUCAUUCCACCCAACACUAUUUGCCAGAGCAGCAUGUAAAAUAUUUAUUCCCAAAAGUGAUAGCAAGAAGAUAUGGAAGCUGUGGCCUUGAGAAUCUACAAUUAACAAAAGACUGGGAAAGUGUGGGUGAGUGUAAGGAGCAGAAAGGAUGCCAUAAUGAACGUAACCAAUGUUCAACAACUACCCAUAGCAAAAUCUUCCAGUGUAAUCAGUGUGUGAAUGUCUUCAGGAAAUUGUUAAAUCUAAAUAGACAUAAGGUGAGACAUACUGUAGAGAAACUUUUUAAAUGUAAAGAAUGUGGGAAAGCCUUUAACCAAUGCUCACAUGUUGCUCAACAUAAAAUUAUUUCUAAUACAAAGGAAUAUUACAAAUUGAAAGAAUGUGGCAAAGUGUUUAAUCAGUGCUUAUACCUUUCUAAGCAUGGGAGAACUCAUACUGGAGAGAAAGCAUACAAAUGUGAAGAAUGUGGCAAAACCUUUCACAAGUACUCAGCCCUUUCUAUACACAAAAGAAUUCAUACGGGAGAGAAACCCUACAAAUGUGCAGAAUGUGGCAAAGCUUUUAGCUGUUGUUCAUACCUUACAAGACAUAAGAGAACUCAUACUGGAGAGAAAGCAUACAAAUGUGAAAAAUGUGGCAAAGCCUUUAACCAGUCCUCACACCUUAUUGCACAUGCGAGAAUUCAUAUUGGAGAGAAACCGUACAACUGUGAAGAAUGUGGCAAAGUCUUUAAUCAGUGCUUAUACUUUACUAAACAUAAGAGAAUUCAUAUUGUAGAGAAACCAUACAAAUGUGAAGAAUGUGGCAAAGCCUUUCACAGGUACUCAGCUCUUUCUGUACAUAAAAGAAUUCAUACAGGAGAGAAACCCUACAAAUGUGCACAAUGUGGCAAAGCUUUUAGCAGUUGCUCACACCUUAGAACACACGAGAAAACUCAUACUGGAGAGAAAGCAUACAAAUGUGAAGAAUGUGGCAAAGCCUUUCUUAGGUACUCAGCCCUUUCUAUACAUAAAAGACUUCAUACAGGAGAGAAACCUUACAACUGUGCAGAAUGUGGCAAAAACUUUUAUGAUAUCUCAAUCCUUAGUAAACAUAGGAGAAUUCAUAAUGGAGAGAAACCCUACAAAUGUGAAGAAUGUGGCAAAGCCUUUAACCAGUCUGGACACCUUACAAGACAUAAGAGAAUUCACAUUGCAGAGAAACCGUACAAAUGUGAAGAAUGUGGCAAAGCUUUUAGCCGUUGCUCACACCUUAAAAGACAUAAGACAACUCAUAGUGGAGAGAAACCCUACAAAUGUGAAGAAUGUGGCAAAGCCUUUCACAUGUACUCAGCCCUUUCUAUACAUAAAAGAAUUCAUACAGGAGAGAAACCCUACAAAUGUGCAGAAUGUGGCAAAAACUUUAAUCGUAUCUCAAGCCUUACUCAACAUAAGAUAAUUCAUACUGGAGAGAAACCGUACAAAUGUGAAGAAUGUGGCAAAGCCUUUAAAUGGUGCUCACAACUUAAAAUACAUAAGAUAAUUCAUACUAGAGAAAAACCCUAAAAAUAUGAAGAAUGUGGCAAAGCCUUUCAGUGGCACUCAGACCUUACUAUAUAUGAGGUAAUUCACAGCAGACAAAAAAUCCUACACAUGUGAAGAAUGUGACAAAACCUUUAACUGGUACUCACAUGUUUCCGUACAUAGAAGAACUCAUAUUGGAGAGAAGCCCUACAAAUGAGAACAAUGUGGGAAAGCCUUUAAUCAGUGUUUAUACCCUACUAAGCAAAAAAGAAUUUAUAUUGGAGAAAAAUUGUGCAAAUGUAAAGAAUGUACUAAAGCUUUUAUGCUCAAAACUUUCUAUACAUGAGGAAAUUCAACCAGAGAAAAACCUUACAAAUGUGAGCAGUGUGGCUAGGCCAUUGUCCAGUACUCACACUUUUCUGCAUAUAAGAUGAUUCGUAUUGGAGAGAAACCGUAUAAACAUGAAGAAUGUGGCAAAAUCUUUAGCCACUGUUCAAAUCUUUAUAAGCCUACGAGAAAGAAAUCAUACAAAUGUGCAAAAUGUGGCAAAUACUUUACCUGGUGAUUUUAUUUUAGUAUACAUGAGAGAAUUCAUACACCAACAAAAUUCUACAGAUGUACAUAAAGUGGUGUAGCCUUUAAUCACUCAUCACAUGUUACUCAACAUCAGAGUGUCAUACUGGGUAACUCAUAUAAAUGUAAUGAGUGUGAAAACACCUUUCAGAACAUAAAAAUCUGAGAGUGCACUAGAGUAUUUAUACUAAAAAAAAAUUACCACUAUAAAGAGUGGCAUAGUACCUUUACUUUUAUCACAGACUUUAUUGUGUACAAGAGAAUUUAUAGUGGGGGGAAUUCUCCAUUGAUUGCUCAAACUGAAGAGAAUUUGGAUUGGAGAGACACUCUGUAAGUGUAAUGAAUUCAGAAAAACCUUUGUUCAGUAACACAGCUUUGAAAACACCAGAGGUUAUACUAAAAGAUAUUUUACAUAUGCCAUAAUUUGAAAAAAUAUUUAAUUAAAAAAUUAUUUCUAAAUAAAUACCAGGUGCUAAUACUUUCAGACAUUACUCUAAAGUAGAAUUUUGGUUAUAGAGAAUGCAAAGUUAAAUCAUUUAAUAAUUUAUGUAUGUGUUUAAAAACAGCAGGAGAUUGAUUUUUAUGGAGAGUUAUAAUUACAUUCAGAGUAUGCUUUUUGCAUUAAACAUUUUAUAUUUUUUGGAAAAUUGAAUAUCAAGGUAAUUCAAUUUUAAAUUACUUGAUGCUAUGCCAUCAUUCCUAGUGUAUUUUUGAAAGGAUAUGGUCAAUCAUUGCUGCAUCAAAGAUAUGAAAGAUCUUUCUGAAUUAGGUGGGUGUCAUUCAUAUGCUCUUACAAUGAACACUAAAGACACUAAAAUGUAAGAUGCAUGAAUAAAAUGGAGAGACUCUGUGAUUAACUUGUAAGUGCAUUGCAGGUGAUGUUGGCAUUAGUUGUUCAGAGUAAUAUUCCUCUGUAUUACAGUUAGAAACAUUUGGGAUCUUAGAAGUAAAUUUUUUUUUUAUAAGUUGCGUAUUUAGGUCAUAAAAUACAGUGGAUGUUGAAGUGAUUUUUUAGAGACUAUGCGUAAACUUAAUUUUUUUAAUAAAACAACAUUGUGUUUAAUGUGUUGAGUGUUGUACAUUUAAUAAAGUGUUAUCCCGCCACCAUUAACCUGUCCCGCAUUAUCCAAAGUUGUA